AUGGUUCGUGUGGAAACAGAAUAUAUCAGCGUCGGCGGCAACCGCCAUCCUGGUGCCGCCGAUUGGGAUGUUCGCUCAGGUGUGCUCGCAUACGGCGCGGACAACAAUGUAGCUCUCUGGGCGCCAAAGUCCCAACAAGGUGUCCAUGCGUUGCUCGUUGGCCAUCGCGACAAAGUCAGCGCCGUCCGCUUCGUCGCCUACACCGAGUCGAAGAGCAGCUUGCUCAUUACUGGGUCCGUGGACCACUCAAUCCGAGUCUGGAAGUCGAUCGAACAAUCAUCAUCAUAUACAUGCGUUUGUGAACUUACAGGCCAUACGGGAACCGUCAAUACAAUCGCCGUCGAUAAUGCCUCGAAUGUAUUCGCAUCAGGAGCUGCUGACGGGACAGUCAGGGUUUGGAGACUCGAUAUUCAGCAUGACAAAUUGUCUGGACAACUAGUUCAGACUAUAUACAUGAAACCUAGGUUCUUCCCAUUGACCAUGGCAAUACAAGUGCUGGACGCUGCAGAUGCGAAGAAACCUAUGGUCAUGGCUGUGGGAGGCACAACCAACCAUGUACAUGUGUUUUCGGCGCAAGAUACCACUGCUUCAGAAACGGAGUUCACGUGGAAUGCCAAAUUGUCCGGUCACGAAGCCUGGGUGAGGUCUCUUACUUUUAGAAAGUUCGACAAUGAAUACAUCCUUGCAUCGGCUAGUCAGGAUAAGUACAUUCGUCUAUGGAAAGUGCACCGAGGUGAAAUAGCGCCUGCGCUUCCAAAGGAGGAUGACGAAAUGAUCCUUGGAGGCGAUGAGCCUACGCUAUCUAAUAAGGCACACACUUUUACCGCUUCUGGUGUGACUUAUUCCAUAACCUUUGAGGCGUUGUUGCUCGGUCACGAAGAUUGGAUAUACACUGUGAAUUGGAGCCCUUCGACCGAAAAGGCACAGCUUCUAUCCGCGUCCGCGGAUAAUUCUUUGACGAUAUGGGAGCAAGAUCCUACAACGGGCGUAUGGGUCACAAUGGAGCGAAUGGGAGAGUUUAGUGUGACAAAAGGUUCGACUACGGCCACUGGUAGCACAGGCGGUUUCUGGAUUGGACUCUGGUCCCCCGAGGGCAACGAAGUCGUGAGUUUGACUCGAACGGGUAGCUGGAGAGUAUGGGCACAUGAUGAAGAGUCGGAUGUAUGGCAGCAACGACUGGGCGUUAGUGGACAUGUCCGUUCCGUGAACGAUAUUCAAUGGGAUGCACGGGGCGCAUAUCUUCUAUCUACAAGUUCUGACCAGACCAGUCGACUGUACGCAGAAUGGCUGCGGGAUGGAGAAUCGUCAUGGCAUGAAUUUUCGCGACCGCAAAUCCAUGGAUAUGAUCUCAACUGCAUAGAUACGCUAGGCCCAGCUAAAUUUGUGUCUGGUGCUGAUGAGAAACUUCUUCGUGUGUUUAAUGAGCCUAAACAGAUUGCUCAAUUACUGGGAAGUCUCAGCGGUAUAGUGCAGGAUGAAGAGGAAUUGCCAGAGGCAGCCAACAUCCCUGUUCUUGGUCUCUCAAAUAAGGCUGUUGGGGAGGACAUCACAAUAGCAGACGAUCAACUUGGCGGCCAAAGAAACGAUCAAGCAGAACAACCGACGGCGCCGGUAUCCCUACCAAUGCAUCAGCCUCCCUUAGAAGACCAUUUGUCUCGGCACACAUUGUGGCCAGAGCAUGAGAAGCUAUACGGCCAUGGCUACGAAAUAUCAGCAGUUGCAGUUAGCCACGACCGUUCUCUGAUCGCUACAGCAUGCAAAGCUAGUUCUAUCGACCACGCCGUCACUCGACUGUACGAUACGAGAAAUUGGCGUGAAAUCAAACCUUCUCUAACCGCCCAUUCAUUAACUAUAACAUCACUUUGCUUUUCGCCUUCUGACAAAUACUUGCUGAGUGUGGGACGUGAUCGCCAAUGGGCGAUUUUCAAGCGAGACGAACAGGAUCCUUCUACCUAUUUGCUUUUCAAAUCGAAUCCUAAAGCUCAUUCGCGUAUGAUACUUGACGCGGCAUGGGCUCCAUCCACGGGACAACAAUCAGUAUUUGUGACUGCAGGUCGUGACAAGUGCGUGAAAGUAUGGCGCGAGACAUCUUCAUCAGAAAACUUUGAAUGCGUAUCGACCAUCACACUCAAGUCUGCCGUUACUGCCGUCUCGUUUCAUUCGGAGACUCUUUCUGACGGUCUUUUACUGGCCAUCGGCGAGGAAACCGGACAGAUAUCAGUGCACAGAAUAGCGGUCGACAAUCUUGAAGCUCAGGAACUGGCCGCUCUGGAUGUAUCUUCUUCACCAUCCAAGUCAAUAACGCAACUCACAUGGCGGCCUGGACAAUCAUCAGCCUCCAAGGAAGGAAAUGUGCUUCUUGCUGUCGCAAGCGAGGACUCGUCUAUGCGCAUAUAUAAAAUCGCUGAUGUAGUAUAG